AUGUAUGGCCAAAAAUUGCACGUUGAUUGCUCGUAUACUCUGCUCUUCAACGGAAUCAGAACCAAAAUGGAUUUCUACUAUCCGAGCAAGAACAAUCCGUUGUUAUUCAUCGAGUUUUACGCAAACGUUAUUACUUCAGGAGUGGAGUUNGUUGAAAUACCCGACGUUCCAGCACUGCAAGGUCCAGAUGUGCUGUGUGGUUUGGCAGGAAAUCGUGAUUUCAAUUGUUACGACGAUUUCAACGAGCCGAAUGGACAACUCUACACGGUGGUUGAAUCGUGUUCCAACUAUAUGAAAGAAUUCACUGAGGGGUAUGGCGAUAUGUACAUCACAAAUGACUUCCUCGUAACUUCAUCUAAAGAAAAACAGUGCAUGACAGGAGUUGAAGUAACCAAUGGAUCAAUUACAUGUGUGAGUGUUUCGAGAUUUGAUUCGAAACACUUCAAUUUCGGCAGCGGCUGA